CGACUCGUCACAUAGUGAACUACACAUUCCGACAAACGAACUCACUUCGUUCCUUUCCGAAACGGCUCAGUUCAGUUUCCUAUCAAAUAUGUUCAAGAUUGUCGCUGUUCUUGCUUUGGCUGCCAUCUGCUUCGCAGAUGACGCAUACAAACCAGCAUACAAGGAAGCUUCCUACAACGACCCGAAGUACAACUUCGACUGGGCCGUGAAGGACGACUACACCUACAACAACUUCGGCCAGAAAGAGAGCCGCGACGGCUACAACACCGACGGCUCCUACUUUGUGGCAUUGCCCGACGGCAGGAUCCAGACUGUGAAAUACUACGUCAAUGGAGACUCUGGCUACGUGGCUGAGGUCACCUACUCAGGAGAGGCCAAAUACGACGAUGCCUACAAGAAGCCAUCUUAUGCCCCAGCACCCUACAAGGCUGAGGCCAGCUACCAGAAGCCCGCCUACGCACCUGCCCCUGCCUACAAGCCCGAGCCGUCCUACAACAAGCCCGCCUACAAGGCUGAGCCAGCUUAUGCACCUGCGCCCUACAAGGCCGAGCCAUCCUACAACAAGCCAGCCUACAAACCCGCGUACAAACCUGCUUAUGCCCCUGCGCCAUACAAGGCCUGAGCAAGUCUUGGUGUUUUAGGAUACGCAUUUUUCAAUUGCUAGACAAAUUCUCUUUCAAAUUGUGAUUUUUUCUUCCAUCGAAUUUCUUCGAUCAAGUGUUC